AUGCCCAUGCCCAUGCCCAUGCCCAUGCCCCUCCAUCCCCAUGCCCAUGCCCAUGCCCAUGCCCAUGCCCAUGCCCUGCCCAUGCCCAUGCCCAUGCCCAUGCCCAUGCCCAUGCCCAUGCCCAUGCCCAUGCCCAUGCCCAUGCCCAUGGCCAUGCACAUGAGCAGGGGGAGCCAUGAAGCGGACGGUGCAUGGGCUGUGGGCGCACCUGGCGUGCUCGCUCUGGAUCCCAGGUGCGUGCCCUGCUGCCUCCUGCACCACAUGGCCAUGGCUGAGACGUCGUUUGUGAACAUCAAGCGCAUGGAGCCCAUCACUGGCUUCGAUGACAUCCCCAAGGCGCGGUGGCAGCUGCGGUGUUGUGUGUGCCGCAUCCCCCAUGGGGCGUGCAUACAGUGUGCGGCAGGGCAGUGCUACACCGCCUUCCACCCGCUCUGCGCUCGCCUCAAGGGCUACCCCAUGCUGACGUUGGACAUGAGUGAGGAGAGCAUGGAGCGCAGUCGCCUGCACGGCACGGUGGUGGGGUCGGUGGCCAUGAUCUGCUUCUGCCCGCGCCACCGCGCCCGCGCCAAACCCCUCCACGCCACGCCCUCCCUCCCCCCCCACCCCUCCGCGCCCUCCCCCUCCCCUGAACCCACCGCCGCUGCUGCUGCUCCCCCUGGCCCGCCCUUCCCCGCGUCUGACCCAGCCACCUCUGCUGCUGCUGCUGCCUCUCCCGCUCCCUCCGACCCACCCCCCAAAGUGCUCCCCAUGGCUCAGCUGCUCUGCCACCCCUCUCCCUCCCCCCUCCCUUCCCCCUCCACCGCCCCUGCUGCUCUGGGCAGCGGGCAGGCUGAGGGGAGAGAGGGAAUGGGAGGGAGCGAGGGCGAUAGAGAAGAGGGAGGUGGGGACAGGGAGGGUGCGAGAGAGAAUGGGAGCGGUGGAGGUGCGAGGGCGGGGAGAGAGGGGAAGGGAGGGGGGAAUGAGGGUGGCAGUGCGAGUGCCAGCGAGAGUGGGUGGAGUGAGAGCAGUGGAACCGGAGGGGGCAGCAGCGAGGGCGGGUGUGAGAUGGACAGCAGCAGGCGGGAUGUACUGCUCGAUGGCAGGGCGGGUGGAGAGAGAGUGCAGUGCGCUCGAACAGAGCCCUUUGACGCGCGCAUCAGGAGGGGCCGCAGGGAGCCGGACGCAGUUGCAGCCUUUUUGGCGAAGCGGUCGUUUCUGGAGAACGUGCCAUUCGCCAUCUGCGGCCGCCGCCAGGAGCAGCGCCGCGUGCACGGCCCAUCCGUGGUGGAGGCGGUGCGAGCACACACGCAGCACGCCGCCUCCCAUCCCGCCCAGGAGCACGGCGCAGAGGACGGGCACGUGGGCGCGGUGGGGGAAGGGCGCGGCAGAAGAGGGCAGCAGGAGGUGUGCCGUGAUGCGGAGGGUGUGAGGGACGUGGGCCCAGGGGGGGGCGUGCAUGUGAGCAGGCUGCGGCGGUUGUUGCACUCGGGGCUGGUGGGCGGCGCGGAGGGGCAGGAGGGGCAGGCGGGCAGUGGGGAGGGCGAGGUGCGGUCGAUGUCUGACCGCUUCCGCCGCAUGAAGUCCACCCAGCAGCAGCGCCUCGCCUUCGGCAAGUCAGCCAUCCACGGGUGGGGUGUGUUCGCCAAGACGCCUCAUCGAGCUGGCGACAUGAUCAUAGAGUACGGGGGAGAGGUGGUGCGGCCAGUGGUGGCAGACUUGAGGGAGAGGCGCUGCUACGACUCACUCGUGGGAGCGGGCACGUACAUGUUUCGGAUUGACAGCAACCGAGUGGUGGAUGCCACCAAGGCGGGCACCAUAGCGCACCUCAUCAACCACUCCUGCAACCCCAACUGCUACUCACGGGUGGUGCAGGCGAGUGCGGAGGAGCGCAUUGUCAUCUUCGCCCGCCGGGACAUCAUGGCUGGCGAGGAGCUCACCUACGACUACCGGUUUGACUCGCAGGACGAGCAGCUGGCGUGCAACUGCGGCAGCACUGGGUGCCGUGGGGUGGUGAACAUUCUGCGGGGCGACGAUGACGACGCCGAUGGGGACGUGGCCAUGUGGGCCCCUCGCACCGAGCUACAGCCCUGGCAGCCCCCAACCGCCCCCCUGUGA